UUCAGCGUUGCCACUAUCUAGAAAAGUUCGAACUGUUAUUGAUCUGGCAAAGGAUAAGAAUUUUACACUAAGUGUAUUAAAAUUUCUUAAAUGAGGAAGUUAGAGUCACAAGAAUCGUGGGGUGCCGAUCGUAUAGAAGCUCAAUUGGAGGCUGCUCGAGAUGGACUAAAAGGUCUUGAUCGAAGUAUUAGAAAAAUUUUGGGCCGGGACCUACCUGACGGUGAAAACGGACCACUACACCCCCCUUCCAGCAGACUUUCCCAAAAGCGACCAUUGCAGGAAGAUCGUCGACGAGUUGUAUCAGAUUUCAUAAAUAAUGAAAUACCGGGUACAAAAAGGCGUUGGCAGGCCUCUAAUGGGGAACCAAAAACGGUAUUUAGUCGUUUGAGUGCUCGUGUUCCUUCAACUGCAGAUGACAGUGCGGAUGAAGAUGACACUGCCAUUAAGCCAGCUGUGUCGUCGAGAGUUAUUGCUACGCCAAGGGAAAUUCCUUCUCGUCAAGAAGUAAUUAGAAGAGAAAGAACAGAUGAGCGUAGUCGACAAAGGAAUAAACGAAUGUUCGGUGCACUUUUGGGUACUUUGCAAAAAUUUAGAUUAGAAGAAACCAAAUUAAAAGCUAAGGAAGAUAAAAAAGCAGAAGUAGAGGCACGAGUGGAAGAAGCACGGAGAAGAGAAAAAGAAGAGUUACGACGAGAAAGGCAACAAUUAUUUUUAUCACGUAAACGACAAUUAGCAGAAGUACGAGCAUUAGAAGCUAAGUUAGCACGGAGUCGACAGUUUCAAGAUUGGCGUGCUGCACAACUAUCACUUGCUUCUUUUAUAAAGACGCGUACCCAACCUUCUAUAUAUUAUAUACCAAAACGAAAAAAUCCUCAAACUGAAAGUUUACUUACUCAAUCUGCUAAGGAACUUCACGAGGAAAUUGAAAGAAGGGAAAAAGUAUUGCUCGAGGAAUUAGAAUUAAUAGAAACGCAAAUAGGUUUGGGCAAACAACAACAAAACUUUGAUAGUAACACUGCUUUGACUGCACCUGAAGAAGUGUCUCAAACUGUGGAAGAAGGCGAAGAAAAUCGUGAUCCUAAUCCAGACAACAAUGUAGAACCAACCAAAAUUGAAGAUAUAGAUGUAUCAAUUAAAAUGGAAAAGGAUGAAGAUAAUGUUGAGAAUGCGGUUGAGAAAGACGAUGAUAAACAAGUGGACCAAAUCAAAAAGGACGAAAAAAAUGGCUAGCAUUAAGUAUUGAUAUUCAGUUUGUACAUAUAACGUACAUUAGAUGGUCCAGUCAAGCGAUUAGAGAGCUUUUUUAUUUAAUAUUUUUCAAUAAAACACACGUGGUUUUAUAUCUCGAAUCAAAAGAAAGAAAAUAAAAGGUAGAUAUUGAAUUAAUGUUCAAAGAUAACUUUUCUGUGAAAAUAUCACUAUACUAUUAUUCUUGUGAAAAUAACAAACAAACAAAAAUCUACUUUUAGAAUUUUCAACAUAUUUCAUAAAAAUAUUAUCAACGGGAUCGGAUGUAAGUCUUUCUUUUUUAUUAUUUCGGAUAUCUUACAAUCCGCGAAUAUUUCAAGUUCUUCUCUAAAUUAAAAACCAAUCAACUAUUUUAAAAUUAAAAUAUAUAUACACAUUCUAUUCUCACGUAAAAUACAUGAAAAAUAAGAAAACAAAUAUAGUCAUUGGUAAUGAUUCAUUUUCUACAAAUUGAAUAAACAAAAUUCAAUAAUUUUUUACUUAUUAAUAUAUAAGUAAGGUGUAUAAAUUUUGCCAUUUUUCUUUAUAGCUAAGCAAAUUAGUGCGAUAUUUUUUUUUUGUAUUCAUGAACAUUAUAUUGUUUUUAUUAUGCGAUAUAUUUAAAUUGAUGAGAAUAUAAUUACGUGUUUAUCAGAAUAUAAGGUACAAAAAUAAUGCGUGCAAUAUAUUCUGUAAUAAAUCCAGCUGUAUAGGUUUGGACCAUCUAAGCGUGAAUUAAUCCGACUAAAUUGUUUGAAUAUAAAGUAAGAAAAAAGUGAUUGCAGUCUUGGUUGAUUUUAAACUUUGACUAUUCGCUUUCUUUUUUUUCUCUUUAAUAUUCGAAAUAUUGGAAGAAUUAUAAAUUGUAAAAAAGAAACAAGAAAAAUAUUAAAAGAGUAAAAAUUAUAGGAAUGAAAGACAGCUCAAAGACUGUACACUUUUUCCUAUCAUCAGUAAACAAAAAAAAAAGAAAAAAAAGAAACUUCUUCAGCAUAAUUGUAUAACAUGAAUUCUUGAUACAGUAAAAUUCUCCUCUUGUAUAUUCUCAUAUAUUGAUUUCUCUUUUUAUUAUAAUUAUAUUUCAUAAGAUAUACAACUUUAUAUAAUUAAACAUUUCUAAACGUCUGUAAGUAUAAGUAGGGACGCGAAUAAAAGAUUUCAUUAGAUUUUAUGAUUUCAAUGACACAAUUUUUAUAUUCUUCGUAUAAACAUAGAUGUAUAUAUUUAUUUAAAUCAAUGUACGUUUUUAAAAUACAAAAACUAAUGAAAAGAAAAGAAAGACGAUAAAAGAAGGUAAAAAAGAUAAGAAGAAAUGAAGAAAAAUUGUCGAACAAAAAUGAAUUAAACUCUAUUCGUCAAAACUAAACAUUUUCUACGAAGAAGUAUGAAGCAUUAAGAAAACUUACUCGAGGAGAGCUUGAAAAACGAGACAAUUGUAUGAUCAAAGGGAAACGUCAAGCAUAUCAAACGAAAAGUGUGCGUCCUGUGUGUCGAUUGCUCGUGUUAGAAGGUUUCUCUGUGAAGGAAGGAAAUGAAAGAGAAGGCAGGGUUGCUCUCAGAGUAUGAAAGAAAGAAAGAAAGAAAGAGAAGAGGAGGGGGAUAAGGUGGUGGGAGUUAAACGUUUCACAUUCAUUUAGUAAUUUACACAAUUUAGAAGUCGAUGGCAUUAGGUCUCUACGGAUACGUGGAAGGCGGCUCCCACCUCAAUCCAUCCUCAUAAUAACUGUGCAAAGAAUAGGGUGGGGAUGGUAUGGGAAGAAGGAAAAAGUGGUAAAGAAGAGGAGGAAGAAAGGGGAGGGGGAGGUGUUCCGCCAUGCAAACUUGGAAUAUGGCUAAUGUGUCUCCGCCAGGCAACUCUUCGGCAUACAAGAAAAGGGAAAAGAAAAGGAAGUAGAGAUUCAAAAGUCGACGUCGCCGUCGUCAUCGUCGUCGGCAGCGGCAGCGUCAGCGUCGGCGUCGGCGUUGUCGUUGUCGUCGUCGACGACGGAUUAAAAGAAGAAAGGGUGUACAUAAGAGAAACAGAAAGAAAGAGAGAGUGGGAGAGAGGAGACAAGGAAGGGUGUAGGCGCGCAGAAGCGUGAAGCGUGCGCGACAAGAGAGACAAGUACUCUGAGGAAGAAACAUGAGAGGAGCCGACACGAGGCCAGGGGUCGUCGAGCUAUUUGUACCGCCGAAUGUAAAACGGGGAAAGAGGCAGGCCGCUUUCCUACCACCGCGAGAGGGAACUCAAUGUCUUCGUCUUCUUUCAUAGGAGAGAAAGAGAGAAAAUGAGAGAGUACUGAGACUUUCUUAAUUAUGCGCUCCGCCUUCCUCUUCUCCAAUCCUCUCUCUAUUUCUCUCUUUCUCUUUCUCUUUCUAGAGACUGGUAUGUAAAAUAGCAAUAUACAGGGCGUUUCGAAAAAUCA